GUGGGAGUGGGAGGAGUUUGCUGCCUGGAGUCGUCGGGCGGGUGCACCUAGGGGUGCCGAUGUUUGCCGGCGCGGCGGGUGUACGGACUGGGAUCCUUCUGUGCCGGGGCGCCCCAAUGGAUUAAUUCCACACGCAGCCCCCUUCUGGGACCGACCAUCGACCCGUGUCCCGCCGGCUCCGGCCGCAUGUCGGGGGAGCGGAGCACCGGCGGGGUCUCCCCGGGCUCAGCCCGCCGGUUGUCGGCGGCGCCCUGGCCGACCGGCAGCGCCCAGCGCCGGCUGCUGCUGCUCAGCUGCCUCCCCGCCCUACUUCUCGGGCUCAGCCGCAGCUCGGACUCUCUCCUCAGCUCCGAGCCCCGCAUGGCGUGCGCCAACCACAGCCGGGGGCUCGGCGCGCUGUGGCCGCCCGCCAACGCCAGCGAGUGCCAGUGUACACAGUGGGAAUACCGGCUGGAUACAGGGCUGUACCAGAACAUCGUCACUCAGUGGAACUUGGUCUGCAAUUCCUCAUGGAAAGUCCAUAUUGCCAGGUUUUCGUUGCUGGUUGGAUUGAUUAUUGGUUACUUGGUAACAGGAAGCUUAGCUGAUUGGAUUGGCCGACAGCUGGUGCUGGUCAUCUCGGUGCUGUUUGUGUUGAUCUUUGGACUGAUGGUAGCUCUCUCUGUGAAUGUCACCAUGUUCAGUACACUGAGGUUCUUUGAGGGCUUUUCCCUUGCAGGGGUAUUUCUCACUCUCUAUGUCACACGCAUUGAGAUUUCACAACCUAACCAACGUUUCAUGAUAACCAUGGCGGCAAGUUUCAUUGCAAUGGCAGGUCAGCUGCUUACACCAGGUCUUGCUGCCCUAUGUCGCAAUUGGCAAAUAUUGCAAGCUAUCAUCAUCUGUCCAUUUACCUUCAUGAUUCCUUACUGGUGUGUUUUCCCAGAGUCCCUCAGGUGGCUGCUGGCCACUCACCAGCUGCAAGCUGCUAAAGAUUUAUUGCUGGAUUUUGCACACAAGCACCGACUAGAACUGGAGGAUGACGUGAAAGAAUUUCUGUCAGAGCUUGAUAAAGAACCAAAAGUAAAACCCCAAAAAACAUUCAUUGUAAAGCUGAAAUCUACAAGGAUCCUAUGGAAGCAUAUUUUAGUGCUUUGUGUGACUUCCCUGGCAGGAUUUGGGAUCCAUAAUUGCUUUGCAAAGAGCCUGAUGGACCAUGAAGGAGAAACACUGAGCAAUUUCUACACCCACUACUAUAUUAUGGAAUUGAUUGGGAUUCUCUCCUGUGUGGUCAUGUGCUUCCUCGUCGGACUGAUAGGGCGAAGAGGCACCCUGCUGGUGUUCACCAUUCUGACGGCACUCGCUUCCCUCCUGCAGCUGGGUCUCAUAAGCAACCUGGUCAAGUACCUGCAGCAACCAUUUUCUCUUGUGUUUUCCAUUGUGGGUUUGUUUUCAUCCCAUUCGAUGGGGAAUCUGAGCAUCUUCUUGUGUGCUGAGCUCACGCCUACUGUUAUCAGGGGCGGUGGUCUGGGUCUGGUGCUGGCCAGUGCAGGCUUCGGGCAGCUCACUGCGCCCAUCAUGGAACUCCACAACCAGAAGGGCUACUUCCUGCACCACAUCAUCUUUGCCUGCUGCACUGUCAUCUGCAUCAUUUGCAUCCUGCUCUUGCCCGAAAGCAAAGGGCAGAACCUCCCAGAUACCAUGGAGGAGGGGGACACCUACCCCAGGCACCCCCUCAUCCCCGCCAGGAGGGCGGAGCAGCCGCUGCUCUCCAACACCGAGCUCAAGCGAUACUCGGGGCUGGCCCCACACCCAACCCCUGAGCAGACCGAGGAGGUCCCCACCGCCAACGGCACCAGCCCCACGUGACCCUCGCUGUCUACAGCUGUGCACAAAAAGGUCGGCAGGUUUUCGUGGAGAGGAUAAUUAAUCAAGGGUUUUAAUUUUGCACUGGGCAACUUUAUAGACUGCUCUGGAGCCCAGUGCUGGUGCCAGUGGGGUUGAAGGCUGGAGGGCAGUGUAGGAGGUACCCAGCCUCUACAGGACUGUGCUGAGCAAGGCUGGAUGUUCGGGUGCAGAGGGAGAUGUCCAGCCCACUACUGGCUAUCCCCAUGUUUCCAAGGCCCAGCCCAUCCCUCCCUCCCUCAUCCCUCCCCCCACCACCACCUCCCCUCCCUAGCCAUGGACACCAGUCAUGUCAACUCCACAGAAAACUGCUUCCUAUUCUUCAGAGAAGGUUGAUUUUUCUUAAUCCAGCUCCAUUUAUUGAGGUGAAGGACUGAUGGACAGUGCUUAUCUUGUGUUUUUAAUACCAGUAUUUCCCCUCCCUUCCACCACUUCUCAGAGCUCUUUAAUUAUAAAUUAAGGUGGUGUUUUGUAAUGUUUAGGUUGUGGUAUUCUAUUAAUUUUUUUAAAUUAUGUACAGGUGUAAAUUAAAUGUAAGCAUUGUUUUUAAACUGUUUCCCCCACUGACACGAUAUGUUUGACAGGGACUAAAACUGACUUUACCAAUGUUAUUUUUCACUACUUGAAAUCUCCAGAGUUGCACAUGUUUCUCUCCAUCUGUCUGUCUACCACUGAAAAUGGUUAAAACACUUGAGACACCCAGGUUUUUCUGGAUUGGAAUUUUGGUUUAGGCACUACGUGUUUUCUGGCAUCACUGAAAAUUCUGCAUAUUACAUCUACCAGGUGAAUAUUUUAAAAUAGAAAAUAAAAGUCAUUUUCAUGUA